GGAGGUCAGGCCGAAUCUUCCUCCGUAAUAAGAAGCUACGCGUCCCGCGGUCCUGGCUCCGUGGGUCCGGUCGGAUCGGGCCUGGGCGCUGGAGCUGCUGUGGCUCCCGCCGCGGCGGGUGCUAUGGGGGCCGUGCCGGAGCCCGGCGCUCACGCCCGGGGAAGCCGAGACAGCCGGUGGUGCUAGUAGAUGCGGCGGCGGCGGCGGCAGCACGGGCUCUCCAUGAGCAAGCGGCGGCGGCGACGGGUGCGGCGGCACCGGCGGUUUUCGGUCCCCGGGGAGGUACGAAAAGUCGGCUUCCUGGUGGACGGAGACUGGCCGGUGUGGGAACGCCUUCCGAUGCCCGGCUCUCCCGCCUAUUACCCGCGGUCCCAGGCGCUCUGCGGGGCCGAGGAUGAAGACACUGUUUGAAGAGAUCAAAGCAUCAAUUAAAAAUAACUAUAACCAAGAUCGCUCAUUUUGGAGGCCUGUUCUUCCCUGGGGAGGUGUUUUUACUAUCAAAGCUGGCCGCAAAGCAGUAUCCUGUACACCACUCUAUGUUGAAAUAAGACUGAAAAAUACCUGCACCAUCGAUGGAUUCUUGAUGUUAUUGUAUGUCAUUCUCAAUGAAAACGAAAAUUUCCCCAGGGAGCUCUCUCUUCAUUUAGGUAGAGAGUUUGUGGACUGUUUUCUUUAUUUAAUGGACACCUACAGCUUUACAACUGUGAAGCUACUUUGGAUUUGGGACAAGAUGGAAAAACAGCAGUAUAAAUCUGAAGUUCAUAAAGCUUCAUUAAUAAUUGAUUUGUUUGGGAAUGAGCAUGAUAAUUUUACAAAAAAUCUGGAAAAUCUCAUGUCUACCAUACAAGAGAGUUACUGUUCCAACUGGCGAUGCCCAACUCGAGUGCAGGAAGAUCAGCAGCGCACAAUUAACAUAAAUCCUCCCCAAGAAAUUCCACAUGGAAACUUGAUACGACUGGCUGUGGAUGAGUUAUUCUGUUCCAGGAUUGAACUGUGUGAGGAGCGUGGGUGUGGUGGCUUAAGAGAAUUUUCCCAACGAGUGUUCUGCCACGGGGCACCCCCUUUUGUUGUCUUAAAUAUGCAGCAUUGGAAAUCUGAAGAUCUGGCAUAUGUACCCUAUUACUUGGAUUUAUCUGAUCACAAGUAUUUGUUGGAAGGUGCCACAUUAUUUAACAAAGAGGAACACCAUUAUUCUGCAGCUUUCCAAAUUGAUGGACAUUGGAUGCACUAUGAUGGCCUCAGAAAUGUGAAUUUAAUUUUGUUAAAUAAACCCCCAGAGUUUCUUCUCUUGUCAUCAUUGGUUUAUAUUCGAGCAACAGAGAAAUAAAUAUAGACUGAUGCUAAAUUAAAUUGUUUUCCCUCCUGCCCAUGCUCCCCCAGAUGAAGGGCUUUUUUUUUGUAUGUACUUGGUAUCCAAGGAAAUAGUUCAACUAUGUUAGUUUCAGAGGUGUAUUUUCUAGUGUUGAGCCCCAGGCAAAUGUUUUAUAUCGAGAAUCUAUGCAAAAAUGUUUGUAUUUCUGUUUUCUAUAUUCUGGGUUAUUUUUAUACAAGCAUAUUUUAUGUUGAAAUAAAAUAUAUCUUGUAGCAUUUGUAUUUUUUAUUUAUAUGUACCUCAGAGGUUUUUUACAAUUCUGUCUUUGAAUCCAAGACAAUAUUUCAUCAUUUAAAUUCUCAGUUUUUCUUUCUGGAUAUCCAUAUAAAACCUGGGUACAAGUCAGUUUUCCGUUUAUAUAAAUUUAACAGUUCAAAAUGUAUCUGACUAUAUUUAUUUGCCCUACCUCACUGGAAUCCAAAGUGCACUAUUGGAUCUGGUAUGGAUUUGAAUGUACAACUUCGAGAUGGCUUAGUCUGUUUUACCUGUUGAUUUGCCUAGUGUCCCUGGAGCAAGUCCUUAAAAUACUUUGGUGAGAAUGUUUUUCUGGACUUGAAUUACUUCUUUAUAAUGGCAAAUUACUUUAACCACUUGGUAAACUAUUAAAAACCUACCAGCAGAUUUUAAGUAUUAACUAAGCUCCCAAGCUUAAUUAAAGUUAUUGUUACAAAUCAAUUGUAUAACUAAUCUAAAUAUUUAUAAUUAAAUGUAGUGGAAAGUCUCUAAAAAUUUAUUUUACAGAUAAGACUUAUUUUAAAAAUUAGGCAUACUGUAUGUUUACUAAUGUUUAACAAUGGAAAUGUACUUUAAAUAUAUAUUUAGGAGAAAAUGGGUGCCUGGGAAUACAGUUGACCCUUGAAAAACUUGAGGGCUGGGGCACUGACUGCCCAUCCAGUCAAAAAUCCCCAUGUAACUUUACAGUUGGCCCUCUACAUUGGUGGUUCUGCAUCACUGGAUUCAAACAACCUUGGAUCAGUACGUAUUUAUUGAAAAAAAAAUCUAUGUAAAAGUAGGCCCACACAGUUCAAACCCGUGCUAUUCAAGGGUCAACUAUAUUUCUCCUCCUAGUAAGUCAUAUUGGCACAGAGGAAAAAAUACCUAAAUUUUUGGAGUAACAUCCGUGUGCUCCCCUGUAAGUAGUAAAUUGAUAGCAUGAGGCUUUCUUUGAUUUGCAGUAUAAAUCACCAGAAUUUUAUAGUGAUCAGAAUAUUAUGUUUCUUUUCAAAGACCCCAUGAUCUCUCUUCCUUUUGCAAUUUAAAGGAAAAACAAACUUAACUAAGUAAUAUUCUCAAGGGGAAAUACUUUUUUAAAAUCUAUCACUCUUUUAGUGUUUACAUUUUAUUAAACAGUCCACUCUAGCUUUUGGUUUGAGAUUGAGUGCAAAUUUGGAGAUUUCUACACAGCAACACAGUUCACUGCCAGAUACUAAAUUGCUAAAGUUUGAUUCAAUAAAUUAAGUCUUACAUUGCUUUGGUGCCAUAGAUAACUUACUGAAGAUUGGAUAAAUGUGGGUGCAGCAUUGAUGAGAAUGCCUUUUUAUCUUAUGUAAAAAAGAAAUAUUUGUAGUAUUUGCUCAAAAUAGUGAUUUAUUUUAUUAAAAAUUCACCCCAGAGUUUAUUUUAAUAGUUUCCCACAUAUAUUUAAAUAGGAUUUGCUUUAGAGGAAACUUUUCUGGGGACACCUUACUGCAUGAUUCAAAGUAUACAAAAACACAAAUAUUAGCGCAUAUAUAUAUAUAUAUAUACAUGGUAUUAACAAAAUUAUUCCUAACGCAGAUUUAUUCUUUUAUGAAUUGCACUUUUUUGGAAUAAUACUAGUUUAUCAUGAAACAAUGACUUACCUACCUCACAGGGUUGUUGUGAGGAUUAAAAUGUUUGUUAAUAUCUUGACUACCUUGAACAUGCUAAUAAAAAAACAUAUUUUUCUACCUCUUUUAUGUA